AUGGCCGAAUCAGGUUCAGAAAGCAGAUAUCCUUUGCUCAUCUUCAUCGUUGGUCUCCCCGGGUCCUUUGCGCACGAGAUCGGCCAGCAAAUCGCACACGAAUACGGCUUCUACUUCAUGGGUCUCACGCGCCAGUCCGCCGCGCCGCCGGAGGGGCAAAUAGAGGCGCUACAGCUGCUCACCGGCGACGACGGCAGCAACAGCAGCAGCAACAACUACGACAGCAGCGGCAACGUCCGGCCGUGCCUCGUCAUCGAGGGCGAGCCGCGCGAAUUGCCGGCCUUCUGCGACCCCGGCCAGCAGCAGCACCGCCUGUUGAUCUUGUGCGAUGGACCCCGAUUCCUCGCUGGCCUCGCUGGCCAUGUCUUCCCGGGCGAGGUCCUCAGUCUGGACACCGGGGCCCACGGCGACUUGGACGAGUGCUGGGCCCGCUGCCGGGAAAUGCUGCAGAAUAGUACCGCAUUCCGCGCGUUGCUGGACGAGAUCGAGUGGGAUUUUGAGACCAUGGCGGACGAGAAUCAGGCUGGAGAGAGCAAGGGCAAUGGCAAUGGCAAUGGCAAUGAGGACGGGGACGAGCCUGCAGCAUGA